UGUGCUAAGUUUGUUUUGUUUGACUGACUUUUCCUGUGACAUGAAAACUUGAUCGACGUGCGCUAAAUUUUAAUAAAUUCUGAAGAAAAGCUCCGAUUUAACUGCAGUUUAUACCAGACUCUUAUCGUUCCCGUUAUUAUUAUCAAGAAAUAAACUAAACAAGCACCAGCCUCCACGAUGAGCAAGCUGUGCAGGCAGGUGUCCAUCGAGUCGCCGGGGCCGGCGCUGCGCGAGUGCGUCUUCAGCUUCGACGUGCCCGUGCCCGAGCCGGCCAUGUACGGCGCCCGCAUCCGCGUGGUCUACGCCGGCGCCUGCUACCGGCAGACGCGCACGCGCUCCACCUCCAUCUGUUCCACCUCCUCCGUCAGCUCCAUCGGGAGUCUCACCGGCGAGCUGGACUCGUUCAGCGUGUAUCCCUCCACGCCCGCGCACCUCGGCUUCCGCGACGGCGCGUUGUUCCCCGGCUACGAGGUCGCCGGCGUCGUCGAUGCCAUCGGCAAGAACGCGGAGCCUCUGGACGGCAUCACCGUCGGCACGAGGAUAGUGCUGUACCCGUACGAGGGCGUGCCGCACGGCUACGCGGAAUACAUCGUCGUACCCGACUUCAAAUGCUUAGUGAAAGUGCCUGACUCGCUGCCGUUGAGUGUAGCCGCCAUGUUGCCGACCGGCGCUCUGCUGGCUAUGAACACGGUGUUCACUGCGAGCGAGUGUCUGAAGAGUGUCCUGGAAGGUCCGGACCACAAGGACUCGGCCACGGUGCUGAUCGUGGGGACCGGCGGGCUGGCGCUGUGGGCGCUGCGGAUCGCCACGCACUACUUCAGCCGCCGCCCCUACCAGGACAAGGUGCACAUCACCGUGGCCACCCUCAAGGACGAAGGCUUCGCUGUGGCCAAGGAGUCUGAGCACAUCAAAGUGGUCCAGUGGACGGAGGAUCUGUACGAGAAGCAGCUGAUCGAGCGCACCACGGACGCGUGCGCAGGCCCCGUGGACGUGGUCAUGAACUUCGGGACCACCUCGCGCUCGCUGCACCGGUCGCUGCAGUGCCUCGCGCCGGGAGGCGUGGUGCUGGUGACAGAGGACGUGGGUGACAAGCUGCUGCCCAAGUUCGCGAAGAAGGCCGAAGACCUCGGGGUCCACAUCGUGGUGGUGCCAGACGGGACCAUCCAGCAACUCACCGAGCUGGUCGACUUGGUCGCGAGGGGAGAGAUCGAGCCGCCGCCGCACAGCGUGUUUCCCGCGGAGGAGGCGGCCGAGGUGGUCCGUAAGCUGUGCAACUCCGAGAUCCACGGACGAGCCAUCCUCAAGUUCCAGGACAUCGACUAGACAACUAGCCGGUCCUGAAGGGCUAGCACGGGCCGUGGGACAAGUCAGACAAGACGCGGGAAAAAUCUUGCGUCGCGCGACGGAGGUGAUCGAACGCGACGCAAGAUUUUUGUCACGUCUUGUUUUGCGUGUCUUGCGCCCUGUGCAGGGUAUGCUGGACAUGUUGUACGGCAUCUUUAUCGACGUAGAUAAACUCGUGUUAUCGUGAAUUGAUAUGUCUUAUAGUGACGUUUAUCUAUGUCGGUAAAGGUGCUGUGCAGCGGACUGAAUCAUUUUAAAUUUUGUACUGUCAAUAACUAAAAGUUGCAGCUCGAAACAUAGUCACUAUCCGCACAAUUUGUAUGGUCAAUUCGUACAAAGGAUGGAAGAAGGAAGGAGUUUGUUAGAUUUUGAUAGCACUAAAUUUAAAGAUUGCUUCAGAUGCGCUCCUAAUAUUUUUAUGUGCAUAAGUAAUUUCUAAGUCAUUGCGCCCUGUUCCGACAUUACGGCUAUUGAUUUACAAAGCGAUGUCGUAUUUUUCGUUGACUAAACAAAGAUAUAAUCAGGCCAAAGACCUAUAACCUAGAAUGGAAAACAAGAUUGCAAUUGCGUCAGACACUACCAUGUUUUCCUAAUGCAAUACAGAAACUAUUU